GAUACCAAGCAUGCAUUGAUUCGCUAUCAUUCGCUCUUAAGACUUGCCACUUUGGUUAAGAAGUUAAGUAGUUUGUUAAAUAUUUAAAACGCUGUGUUUAUUGUAAUUUAUAUAAUUAGCUUUUGUGCCUGAGAGUAAAGUUUCGAAAGGAUACAAAAGUUAAAUCAAAGUAUAUCGAAAAGUUCACAAUUAUUGAAAAGUUUCGAUAGCUGGAAAUUCUACAAUUUAAAUAUACUACACAAACAAGUAUCAAGCUGAUAAGGAUAUCAAGUUGUUGAUCCUGUGAAAUACAUACUUACUUGUAUAAAAAAUUUUUUUUGUGUGAUUUCUGGAGCUGCUUAGACGUAAACACACGUUAAGCAAAACUACUUCAAAGUUUAAUUAACAGAAAAUUGGCAAGAAAAUUUGUUUUUUGAAAUAAGCAGUGAAAGUGCAUUUCGAAGGCUUAUUUUUGAGAACAGUUGUUAAAUAAAAAUAAACAAAAAAACAUUAUAAAGUUAUCAAAAAUUGCAUUUUGCAAUAAAUUUUUGAAUUUUCUUCGUAAAUUUAUAAAACAAAACAAAAACUAACAAAAUGAUGGCUGUAGCUGCUGCACAAAAGAACCGCGAAAUGUUCGCUAUCAAAAAAUCCUACAGUAUUGAGAAUGGCUAUCCAUCACGCCGCCGUUCGUUGGUGGACGAUGCACGCUUUGAGAGUCUGGUUGUUAAGCAAAAUAAACAAACUGUGCUGGAAGAAGCGCGCCAAAAGUCCAAUGACGAGUCCACUUUGGAGGAAUGCAUCCAGCAGGCAAAGGGUGCUCCCGUUGAGCAAGAAAUUGAAUUGCAAGCCGCUCAGUCGGUUGAAAAUGUGGAGAUUCCAGCUGAAGUACUCGACAUCCCAGCAGAAACCCAAAAUGAAACCGUUAGUGCCACAACGGGCUCAGCUACUCAGGGUGAAGGUGCACCGGGCAGUAACAACAGCGACAACUCAAAUGAUGCCGGUCUUACCGAGGAAGAAGUUUUUCUCGCCAAUGCCGCCUCUGAAUCGGUCGAGGCCGAGAAUGCCAUACAGAGCGCCGCACUCAUCGUACGCCUCAAGGAGGGCAUUUCCUCACUUGGACGCAUACUCAAGGCUAUCGAAACUUUCAAGGGUACCGUACAACAUGUGGAAUCACGUAUCUCUCGCGACCAAGGCGUCGAUCAUGAUGUGCUAAUCAAAGUCGAGAUGACACGUGCCAAUCUCUUGCAACUCAUUCGCUCCCUACGCCAAUCAGGCUCGUUCAAUAGCAUCAGUCUAUUGGCUGAACAUAACAUUAGCGUGAAGUCACCCUGGUUCCCCAAACAUGCCUCCGAAUUGGACAAUUGCAAUCACUUGAUGACCAAAUAUGAACCCGAUUUGGACAUGAACCAUCCCGGUUUUGCUGAUAAAGUCUACCGUCAACGUCGCAAGGAAAUUGCCGAAAUUGCUUUUGCUUACAAAUAUGGCGAUCCAAUCCCAUACAUCGAAUACUCCGAUGUGGAAGUAAAGACUUGGCGUUCGGUUCUCUUGACUGUUAUCGAUUUGUCGAAGAAGCACGCUUGCCAAGAAUAUCGUGCCGCUUUCCAGAAGUUGCGCGAUGAGGAGAUCUUCGUCGAACACCGUUUGCCACAAUUGCAAGAGAUGUCGGACUUUUUGCGUCGUAACACUGGCUUCACAUUGCGCCCCGCCGCCGGUCUGCUGACCGCACGCGAUUUUCUCGCCUCGUUGGCUUUCCGCAUUUUCCAGAGCACACAAUAUGUGCGUCACGUCAACUCACCAUACCACACACCCGAACCUGACUGCAUUCAUGAAUUGCUCGGCCAUAUGCCACUCUUAGCUGACCCCAGCUUCGCACAAUUUUCGCAGGAGAUUGGUUUGGCCUCGUUGGGUGCCUCCGAUGACGAAAUCGAAAAAUUGUCCACUGUCUACUGGUUCACCGUCGAAUUCGGUCUCUGCAAGGAACAUGGUCAGGUGAAAGCCUACGGUGCUGGUCUGCUCUCGUCCUACGGUGAACUCUUGCACGCCAUCAGCGACAAGUGCGAACAUCGUGCAUUCGAGCCAGCCUCCACUGCCGUACAGCCCUAUCAGGAUCAGGAAUACCAACCCAUCUACUAUGUGGCCGAGAGUUUCGAAGAUGCCAAAGAUAAGUUCCGUCGUUGGGUGUCGACCAUGUCGCGUCCAUUUGAGGUGCGCUUCAACCCACACACGGAACGCGUCGAAAUUCUGGACUCUGUCGACAAAUUGGACACGCUGGUGCAACAAAUGAACACCGAGAUCCUGCAUUUGACGAAUGCCAUUUCAAAGUUAAGGCGUCCAUUCUAAGUGCAUCCAUUUAGCCAUUCAAAUGAGCCCACACACACAUUGAGAUUGAUAUGUAGGUGUAUGUGUGUGUGCACGCGUGAAACCUAUGCAUGUGAAAGCAACUCAAACACACUCUAUCACCCAAGCACGUAUUUAUGUAUGUAUCGGUUUUGCCGGCAGCUGUGGCCAGCAUUUAGUUAUGCUGCGCCUCGUAACUUAAAUUGACAUGCCGCUUAAAAGUUUACCAUUUGUUUUACUAAAUGCUACCUGUCAUACUAAAUCUAAAUUUUAUUUUACAAUUAACGAAUUUUUUGAUGUUGUGGUUGAUAUUGUUUUUACACAAUAUUUACAAUUGAAGAUUUUUGUGUGUGUUACAUUUUUGCAAAAAUUUAAAUUCGAAAAAAAAAAACAGAAAAAAAUCCAAAAUUUAUUUUCGCAUGCUUAAGUGAGAUAUUAAAAAAGUGCAUAUAUGUUUGUAUAUAACCUCACGCACAAAUUUGAACAAUUUAUCUGCACCCUACAACACACCACUAUCCACAAUCCACUACCCACACCCACUCACCCAUCACCUUGUAUGUAUGUAUUUCUUAUUUAUUUUAUUUGUAUAUCACUGCAACUGUAUUGGACCAAAAAGCAAGCAUUAGUUUUUAAGCAAAUUCACAAACUCACACACCAACACAAACACGCACUCUUGCACACAAUUGUGCAUUGAUUUUGUAUUCGUAUUUGUACAUCCACAUAAAUGUGUACAUGUAUUGUAUUAUUUUUCUGAAUGUAUUAUUAUUAUAAUUUUUGGAUUAUUCCUUUUUGUUUUCGUUUGUUUAAUUGUAUGAAUACUUAAUAACUAUUUUGAUGUGAAUUGUGGAGCUUGUAUUUUGUAUUAUUGUGAAAUAUUUGCUUUUACGAGAUGUGAAAGUUUUUUUUUAUUAAAUCUUUUUAAAUAUUAUAUCUAAAUGUAACUAUUUUGUAGGUAUGUAGAAUUUAGAUUUUUGUUAUGUUAUAAGAGCGCAAAGAUAUUGAAUAUAUACACAAAGAAUAUAUAUAUAUAAAUGAAUAAAAGCAUA